AUGGGAGGUAACUUCCACAACAGCUCAGGGCUGCCUCACUUCACCCUGACAGGGCUACCCGGGCUGGAGACCUCCCAGCACUGGGUGUUUCUGCUCCUUGGUGCCCUCUACAUGGUCUCCACUGUGGGCAAUGGCCUUAUCCUUUUCAUUAUCAAGGAGGAGCAGAGCUUGCAUCAGCCUAUGUACUACUUCCUGUCCCUACUCUCAAUCAAUGACCUGGGUGUAUCCUUCUCCACACUGCCCACGGUGCUGGCCACAUAUUGCUUCCACCUAAGGGAAAUCAGCUUUGACUCUUGCAUGGCUCAGAUGUUCUUUAUCCACCUCUUCUCCUUCAUGGAGUCUGGGAUCCUGCUGUCCAUGAGCUUUGACCGCUAUGUGGCCAUCUGUAACCCUCUGCGCUAUGCCACAGUGCUCACCAAUGUCCACAUGUUGUGCAUGGGCUUGUCUGUUUUCAUCCGCAGUUUCUGCAUGGUUUUCCCACUUCCUUUCCUUCUGAAGAGGCUGUCCUUCUGCAAGACAAAUAUACUCUCCCACGCCUACUGCCUGCAUCCAGAUCUGAUCCGCCUGCCUUGUGAUGAUGUCACCAUCAACAAUAUUUUUGGUCUAUUCAUUGUCAUCUCUACUUUUGGCCUGGACUCUGCACUCAUUCUCCUCUCUUAUGUGCUCAUACUGCGCUCUGUACUGGCUAUUGCCUCCCGGGAAGAGCGGCUAAAGACAUUCAACACGUGCGUGUCACACAUCUGUGCUGUGCUCAUCUUCUACGUGCCCAUGGUUGGGGUGUCCAUGGCUGCUCGCUAUGGGAGGCAUGCCCCACAAUAUGUGCACACGCUCAUGUCCCUGGUAUAUCUCUUUGUGCCCCCAAUGCUCAAUCCUGUCAUCUAUUCCAUCAAAACAAAAGAGAUUCGUCAGAGGCUUUGCAAAAUACUGCUGGGAACAAAAUUUUGA